AUGAAUAACAACACAACAAAUAAUCAAAUAAAUAAUAAUCAAAUAAAUAAUAAUAAUGAACUAGAUAAUAAUAAUAAUAACGAAUUUAAUAUUAUUUUUUAUAAAGCAUUUCACAAUAAAUAUAUCAGAAAUAUUUUAAUUACAAACUUAAAAUUAUUUAAUAUUUUUAAAAAUAUUAGAUUUAGUAUCGAGUCGUUAAGUGAUUAUAAAUAUAGAUACUUUUUAACAUCAAUUAUUUUUGCCAAAAAUCAAGAUGUAGAGGGCAUAAUAGAAGAUUUAUUACCCAUUAAUACUGGUAGUAUAAAGUUUUCAUUUUAUUUUAAUAAAGUGGUAAAUUGCGAAUCAACUUUCAAGAAUUUAUCAUCUCUAACUUCAAUUUCUAUGGGAUGUGACUACAACAAACCUAUUUUACCAAACACUUUUCCUUUGUCUUUAAAGCAUUUAAAGUUUGGAAGAUUAUUCAAUCAAAUAUUGCAACCUGGGGGUUUAUCGUCUCUUGUCAAUUUAGAAACAAUAAUGUUUGGCGCAAAGUUUAAUAAUGGAGGUAAACCAUUGGAAGUUGACUGCUUUCCACCCUCUCUAAAGUCUAUAAAGUUUGGCUCGGAAUUUAAUUGUCAACUUCAUCCUCAGGUCCUUCCAUCGGGUUUAACUGCAUUGAAACUAGGUGUAUCCUAUAGGCAACCAAUUCAACAGGUUCACUCUUUACCAAUCAGUUUAACAAGUUUUAAAGUCAGUUCAAUCCAUGGAUGCUUCUUGAAAAGUCAUAUUUUACAAAGUUUGGUAAAUUUAAAAACUUUAUCAUUGAAGCAUACACCUCUUCAAAAUAUAGAUUUCAACUCAUUAUCUCCAACAGUUACUAGCUUGGCUUUCGGGUCUGGUUUCAAUAUUUCACAUGAUGUUUAUGCAUUCCGAUUAAUUCCAUCAAGCGUUAAAAUCAUAAAGGGUCCAAUAUUUGGUUUGGAAAUUCCACCACCAUUACGAUUAGAGAACUGGAUGGGUCUAACUACUCUGAUAUUAAGUGAUGGCUUCAACUCAGAAAUACACCCAAAUUCUCUACCAAAAAGCCUAACCCAUUUAAAUAUGGGCAGGAGCUACAAUAUAGAGUUUGGGGAAAAUGUUUUGCCUGCAAAUUUAGAAACACUUAUUAUGGGCGGUGGUUGGAAAUUUAAACUACCUCGAAAUUUAUUAAAGCUCAAAUCAUUAACCAUACCAGAUUUCUAUCCAUUUUCACUAUCUGAUGGUGAUGGCUUUCCAGUUCUAGAGAAUUUAGUAUUUACUCCAACAUCAAAUUUACAAAUUAUUCACAAUACACCAGAUUUUUUCAAGAGAUUUUUAGAACCAGUUUCAACCACUCUAAAAGCAUUAAGGCUAACAAAUUUUCAAACAUUCACUAUACCUUUAAAUCAUAACUCUAUGGAAUUAUCAUUACCAAAUAUACAAAGUUUAUAUAUUGGUGAUAAUCAAUCAAACUCAAUAUUAGAUCCAAACGAACCUAUGCAAUUUAAAGAGUUGGUUGUUAACGGUACAAAUGAUUCAUUUUUAAAUAUACAUAAUAUCCACCAAUAUGUCGAUAUAUUAAGAGUUAUAUAA